UUUACAACCGUUUUGUUCUUACAAAUCUAACAGUUGAAACGAAACCGGAGCGAGGAGUUUAGCUGCCGGAGUUACAUCGGAACUGCAAAAUCACAAGCCAAAAUGGCGGUAUUUCUCGGAAUUGUUCGUCCUCCUUCCCAUUCACUCUUUUCUAUCACUCGUUUCACUCGUCAAUUUUCUUUCACCAAUAACAAUUCAAUCUCCAUAUCUAGAAAAAGUUUUUCUCGAUUCAAACCCAUCGUCACAGCUUCUCUUCAUUCUAGUUCUGCAAAUUCUCCAAAUGGAGCUGAGAUAUCUACAAAUCAAUCUGAGCUAAUAUUUUUGGGAACAGGAACAAGUGAAGGAAUUCCACGAGUGAGCUGUCUCACUAACCCCGUGAAAACGUGCCCCGUGUGCUCAAAAGCUGCUGAACCGGGUAGCAAAAAUAGGAGACUGAACACCAGCAUCCUUAUUCGCCACUCCAGGCCAUCCGGCAAUCGUAACUUUCUUAUAGAUGUUGGCAAGUUCUUCUACCAUAGUGCUAUGAAAUGGUUUCCCGCUUAUGGGAUAAGAACACUUGACGCGGUCAUUAUUACUCAUUCUCAUGCUGAUGCAAUUGGAGGUAUGGAUGAUCUUCGCGAUUGGACUAACAAUGUCCAGCCCUCCGUUCCAAUUUAUGUGGCCAGUCGUGACUUUGAGGUGAUGAAGAAAACUCACUAUUAUUUGAUAGACAAAAGUAAUAUCAUCCCGGGAGCUGCAGUCUCAGAGUUGCAAUUUAACAUCAUAAAGGAAGAUCCAUUCGUUGUACAUGAUCUUAAGGUAAUUCCUUUACCAGUCUGGCAUGGUUCUGGUUAUCGUUCUUUGGGCUUUCGAUUUGGGAAUACAUGUUAUAUCAGCGAUGUAAGUGAUAUACCAGAAGAAACUUACCCACUUCUACAGGACUGUGAACUCCUUAUCAUGGAUGCUUUGCGACCAGAUAGAUCUUCUGCAACACAUUUUGGACUUCCAAGGGCUCUGGAGGAAGUGCGGAAAAUCAAACCAAAAAGAACACUUUUCACUGGCAUGAUGCAUCUCAUGGACCAUGAAGUUGUAACUGAAAGGCUACUGAAACUGAGGGAAACAGAAGGCGUCGAUGUGCAACUCAGCUAUGAUGGGCUUCGAGUACCCGUGAGCUUGUAAGCUUUCAGGUUUGACUCAACAAACCUGGCUAUUCUUUCUGAAUAAAUGAAGAUCAUUCAGAAUUUUGCAUCAAUAAUUCUUUAGGGCCAAUGUGAAGUCCCACUAAUUCUUGCAUAUGCAUAUAUUAGUUUCAAUUAUGUUGAAGGAAAAUAGUUGCACUUUGUUUACCAAAACAAUUUACAAGCACAAAUUUGAGAUGUUUUUUGUAUCGAAAGACUGAUAUAGGAUUUUAAGUCAGCUGCUGGCAAACGUCAAAAUACAAUUGCAUCCACGAUCAUUAUUUCUUUAUGACGAUGGAUGAGAUCUGCAAAUUCAAUACGAAUAUUAUUUUCAACAGUAUAUAUUUUGAAUUA